AUAUUUUCUAAAGUGUUAACAGACAAACCUCAAGUUUGUUUUGAUUUUAAUUACGAUCGUCUGAUUAUUGUAAAUUUUUCUUCUAUAAAUAAGUUGGAAUUUAAAAAAUCAUAAACCAAGCGAAAAGUAUCCGAAUUAAAGUGGCUUUUGUGAAAAACAAUGUAGUACAAAAACAAAACAGACAAAUAUAUACGACGUAGGUUUGUUCCAAAAUUACUAAUGCGAUAAAGUUUUUCCAAGUCAAUCGCUGAUUAAACACACAUCUUCCCUUGCCUUUGUUUGAUGUAUCCAAAUUUUAUGACGACAAUCUAGUUGUGUUACGACAAGAAAGAUAGGCAGAACUAACAUGUUUUGGAAAACAUUGUGGAAUAUUAUCAAAUUUGUGUUCUACGUUUUGAUUUUGUUAGCCUUUGGUUGUUUGAGUUUAUUUUCAAGAGUUUUAUUUGUUUGAAACAAAGCCCUCCUAACCCAUCUUCCAUAUGAAUGAAAUUCGAAAUUGCAUUUUGUUGCUCUUUAAAUUGAUUGUACAUGCCAUUUGAUCAUUUCAAUUAAUCGAACCGAAAAGAAGAAAACAAACGAUUCGACGAUCACUGAAUCAGAAAUUAAAGCGGAGUACGUCUGAGUGAUGAGUCAUAUGAAACGAAACAUUGGUAGACAACAUAAUCCAUUAUGCCACACGAUGACCGUGAUGUCAGAUUCGCCGCUCAGUCCAUAUACCAAAACAUGUAUCGACCAUAUCCUCCCAUAGAUUUUUCUCGAUCUCAGUCACAUUCGAUAAACUUCAUCACAGAAGAUUUCCUAGCUGGAUACAUGGAAGAUGGUCGUCGAAUGUCGGUGGUUCGACGAUUUUUCUGUUUAUUUGUAACAUUUGACUUAUUUUUCAUUUCAUUGCUCUGGCUGAUUUGCAUAUUGAUCACUGGUGACAAUAUCUACAAUGCACUCAAAACACAGAUCAUUCAUUACACCAUAUACGCUUCCCUGUUCGAUAUAGUCAUGGCGGCUAUAUGCCGAUUCACCGUAUUGAUACUUUUUUAUGCACUUUUGUACAUCAAUCACUGGUCAAUCAUAGCUCUAUCAACUUCCGGCUCUUGCGCUUUUCUUAUUGCCAAAGUUUUCUUUUUCAAUUGGCUAGAUACACCGCAACCUGUGUUCCAAGUGUUACUUAUUGUGACAUCAUUUGUACUGUCCUGGGGUGAAGCAUGGUUUUUAGAUUGCAAGGUAAUUCCGCAGGAGACGAUUGCUCGGAAUUACAUGAUAGCGGCAAUGCCACAUUUGAAUGACGAUCGGACACCAUUAAUGGCACCGUUUUUGAAUUCUGCAAUGCCACCCGAAAGUAUUGCUAAUUUCUAUUCGCCAUACGAUUCGUGUCACAAUAGUGAUGAAGAGGAUGAUCAGGAUGAAGAUUACCGCAAUAUGGGUAAAGAAUGUGUUCGUAAAGCGUUCAAUCUGUUGGAGGCGUCUGAUUGGAAUGUCGAAAAGGUAACAAGUAAAGGAGACACGAUACAAAGUACACAACGAGACAAAUUGGGAAAAGUUUUUCGUUUAACUGCGAGGGUUCACUUCCCAGCGAAGAAAUUGCUCGAACACCUUUUCUAUAAGAUCGAGGAAAUACCGAAAUGGAAUCCAACAAUACUGGAAUCGAAAAUCAUUAAGAAAAUCGACACCCACACCGAUAUUUCUUAUCAAGCAACGGCUGGUGCAGGCAGUGGCAUGAUCAAAAGUCGCGAUUUUGUAAAUCUACGUUGUUGGCAUCUAUGCCGUGACGGUAACAUUAUCGAUUCGGGUGAAUCAUCGUCGGAGGAAACCGGUUCAGUGACAGUGACGGCAGUGGCGACAGUGUCUCGUCCAGACGACUCUGAUGACGAAUGUCUGUUGAAAGAUGAUCCACAUCAGAAAAUGCAGAAAUCGUUAAGCGAUGCACGUAUCAACGAAAGUAAGCAGCGAAGUGUGCCGGAUAUGGGCGGACUGAGCAAGAGCCUUGGUGCUAAGGGUUUCUUCGACGAUGAAAUCAACAGCGGUGAUGAACAUUUUGAGGAUGCUGAGAAUGAUGACCAAUCAUCUGUUAGUAGUCAGUCGAUGUUACGGCCGUCGGGUAAAGUGUAUGUAAGUGCCGCUAUUAGUAUUCCAUUUGCUGGUGUUCCUCCAUCGACGAAGUUCACAAGAGGUGAAAAUCUAUUGUCUUGCUGGGCAAUGCGUGAAGUCGAUGGAAAAGGUGACACUUGCAUUUUUGAGUGGUUAUUGUGCCUAGACUUGAAAGGAUAUUUUCCGCGAAGACUGUUAGAUGCGACGUAUACGUCCUUUAUGCAAGACUACAUGGUAUUUUUAAGGAAAUAUUGUGCCGAAGUCAAUCGUAAGAAGAGUCACAAACAACAGGUGAACAGCUAAGCAUCACUGUAGUGUCCGUAACGUUGUCUAUAGCUAAACAAAAUGUAAAUUCCCUUGACUUAUUUUGAUUUACUGUCGCUUUAAUGUGGCCCGUCGCCGAACGGAAGCGUUAAAGUUUAGAUUUUUAUGUUAACCAUUAGAUUGAUUAAAGAGAACUGACAAAUUAUAAUUUUAUUACCAAUAAUUUUAUGUUGUGAAUUUACAGUUAAAAACAUUGAGUUGUAUAUGAGCGAAUUGUGCAACUCACCAUGAUGGGUUCUUUUCUCUGUUUUAAGCUGCUCCAUUAACACGUUUCACAAACGACUAGUCAUAGUCGAUCAUCUACAAACAUAUUGGCUCUAAUGAUAUUGUCAUAGGAAAUUGUAUGUCAAAACAUUUGAAGUACAAGAUUUUAGCCAAAAAUGUGAAUUAAACUGAACUUUUCUUCACAGCAGCUAAACUUUAUCUCAAGUUUUUGAGUAAAAUAUCUUGACAAUAAUGGGACAAAUGAUGGAAAUAAUUUCUUGUGUGCUUACCGACCUCGGCCUCGCCUCGGACUUCACACAAAAAGUACCAUUUCAAUCAUUUAUCCUAUUGGUAAGUAAUGUACCAUUGUGUACCACUGUAACAAUAUGUUGAAUGCACUUAAAUCGAAAGAAGUAACCGAUUCGUUAACUAAUAACUAGUGACAUGUUAGCCGUCUUGUGAAAGGUGUAACUUGAUUUAUUAUAAAUUAUUACAAAUUUUCAUGUGAUUCUAGUGUUGUAUAAGAGCUUAAGAUCGCAGAAUAUUUUUCUAAGCCAACAAAAAAAUAAAUUUUUUCCACACAAAA